AUGGUUACCCGUUGCGAUGGAAACCGUCGCCUUAAUACGGUGUAUAAGCCGUUGACUAAAGGCUGGUGGAGCGGGAACAGGCGUGUGGGGAACGGGGGAAGAGCAGACAAUGCUGCACCUGAGCCGGUGAUUGAUGACGGUACCGCCAUCGCUAUGAUUGCGAGCAGAAGGCACAGCGCGAUGUGGCGUGGCCCCAACUUCACUAAAAAUCUUCAAAACACA